GGCCAGACAGUCAGAGGGUCAAAAAUAACUUGAAAUGCCACGAAAACCGUUUCUAACUUAGUGAGAGCUGGACUAAAUCGCCCAUGAGUCCCACCGCGCCAAAAAAGUGGAAUCAGGCCAACCGGCUGGCUCCUCUAGGCCAGCCAGCUACCCCCGGGCCGGCCUCUCUUCCUCUCGCAGAAGCUGGAUCCUCCGCUGUGAACGGGGUUUUUCUUUCUGGAGAUUAGAUUAGGGUUUGUCAAAUUCGAAAUCGAAUUUCCGCCGGACUCAUAAUCUCCGGUCAGUUCCGAUGCUGGCGAAAGGAAGAAAAGUUUCAGGGCGGGGAGAGGCCGUGGCGGCGAACACCGCAAGUUCGCGGACGCUGGAGCUGAGGAAGAAGCAGUUUGCUCUGCUCCUGCACGUGGUGGAUGAGUUGCAGAAUACCUUAGAGGUAGAACAGAGGAGUUUAAUUGAGGAGAAAGAAGAGAAAAAUGGAAUGGAAGAGCAGCUGGGGGCUCGGAAGUCGGAACCCAUGCAUGUUGAUUAGAAUACAAUGCAUCUCUUGACUCUCCGUUUCCAAGUUGUAAGAUUGCGCGUUUCGGAAAUGGGCACGCAAGAGAGUGGUUGCAGUAUGCUAGCCAUUUUAUGAAAUUCUUGUUGUUGUGCAUUUGUAUGAUUCUCUUUGCAUAUAUGAAUUACCAAGUUUACUUGA